AUGUUAAUAUAUAACUCUUGCAAGCAGAGAAAUGUUAACGAAGCAUUGAAAUUGUAUGCGGUGAUGAAUUUGAAUUGUUAUGGUGCGGAUAUUUUCACACGCAACACAAUAGUAGCUUCUCUUUGUAGAACCGGAAAGGUAAGGGAGGCUGAGAAAUUCAUGCAUCACAUGAAUAGGAUCGGUCCAGUUCCUAAUUGCGUUACUUUAGACACUGUUAUAAAUGGCUAUGGAGAAGUAGGCAAUGGGUUGAAAGCCUUUUCCUUGUUUGAUGAAAUGAUUAAGAUGGUAAAACUCCAUUACAUCCCUUGCUGUGUGGAUGUUGUUGUCUACAACACAUUGCUGGCUGAGGCCUGUAAAUCAGGGAAUUUGCAAGUGGCAAUAAUCCUUUUGGAUGAGAUGAUCUCCAAUAACGUGCUCCCUGAUAGGUACACAUAUGCGAAUCUUCUUGCUGGAUUAUGUAGAAAGGGCAAGAUGGUUGCUGCAAUGCUACUGUUUGAAAAAGCAAUGGAAAGAUCUUUCUCUCCAAACCAUGUUAUGUAUACGUGCUUGAUCGAUGGGCUUUUCAAAGCAGGCCAGCCAAAGACUGCUGCUUAUUUUUUUGAAGAGAUGCUAAAGAAAGGUAUCAACCCUGAUACAGUUGUACUAAAUGUAAUUAUAGAUGGCUAUUCCAGAAUAGGGUGCAUAGAAAAGGUGAACAAUUACUUUUCUACGAUGAAAGGUGGAAGUUUAUGCCCUUGUUUGGCUACAUAUAAUAUUCUCCUACGUGGCUAUUCAAAACAACAGGAUAUACCAAGAUGCUUUGCAACAUACAAUACCUUUAUUAGGAAAGGUUUUGUUCCGAAUGAAUUGACAUGCCAUUCUCUAAUUCAUGGGCUUUGCGAGUCAAGUGUGCUGGACAUUGCCGUGAAAAUUUUGAGAAACAUGGUUAUGGAAGGUACAGCGGUUGAUAAGCGUACUUUUGACAUGCUAAUCACCAAAUGCAGCAGCAAUGGUGAGAUGGGAAAGGCCUUUGAUCUCUUAAAUACUAUGAAUUCUCUUGGAAUUUUGCCCGAUGGAGACACUUACGGUUCCAUACUUAAAAGGCAUCAACAGGACAUAUGA